CCUCCACCUCCACUGCCUCCACUCCACCAUCCGUCAAACGCCGCCCGCUCUGCUCCAGACAUGACCGAGACUCAAAAGCUACCCGUCUUCUCUCCCCCCAAUUUCUCCCAACCUUAUCCCAACCGCCGUCUGCCACAACCCGCCCGCCUCCCGCCAUUGGAGAUCCCGCCAGACGCUGUACAACCGCCUCCACGGUCCGACUACCCAUUCCACUCGCCCGUGAACCAGCUGCCCUCGAUCCACCCGGGCCUGCCCCGACAGCACUCGCAGUCGCACCCCGUGCCCCGCGCUGCUCCGGUUGAGAAACUCCUGCAUCCCGCCCAGUACACCCCGCCCCGCUCAGAGCAGUCCUACUCUCCUCAGCACUAUGGUCCGCCAAUAUCUCCUCGCUCCGAAUAUGACAGCAGAGCACCCAGAAGACUGAACGAGCAACGUUAUGCGUACGAGGAGAACCGUCCCGCCCACCCUACACAUCACGAGCAGUCCUAUGCAACCCUUGCUUCGCCCGUGGAACCCUCGCAGCAAAAGCCAUACGCUCCUUACUCGUCGCCCAGCUACACUCCCAGCUACGCAUCCAGCAGUACUGCAUUCCGCGGUUCUGUGGGUUCGCACUCCCACUCCCAUCGAGGCUCCCUGAACACAUCUUCGGGACCACUAGCAUACCCGGAGCAUGCCACUCCAGGUCCUCCUCCCCGGCAGGAACCGCGGACAGUCCCGCUACCGGGGACGCAACCGCAGCCGGUGCUGGACGAGAAAGUAAACCUGAACUACGAGCUUCGCGUACGGCAACAACCCAUCGCUGCUCGCGCAUGCGGCUUCGGCGAGCGAGACCGCAGAGUCAUCGACCCCCCACCCAUCAUCCAACUGCUCGUGACGGACCCGAAAACGGGCGCCCCAGAGGAAGAAGAACUGCGCUACUCAUUAAACGUAGUCCACUGCACGCUCUGGAACGCCGAAGGCACAAACGAGGAAACAGCGCUCAUCCAGCCCGAUCGACGGACCACGCGGCGGCUCAUGGGCCAACUGGUAGCGUCUCCCUCGGUAGCCAAAGACGAACACGACGUCGAAGGAUGCUUCUUCUGCUUCCCGGAUCUGUCCUGUCGGACGCACGGAAGAUAUCGGCUUCGCUUCGUGCUGAUGCGGAUCGAUCCCAUGAACCUGCAUGUCGGGGGAUACUCGCCCAUUCUGACCGAGGUGCUCAGCGACGUGUUUACCGUUUAUACUGCAAAGGACUUCCCGGGGAUGAGGUCGAGUAGCGCGUUGACGCGGGCGCUGAAGCUGCAGGGGUGCAAUAUCCAGGUGAAGAAGGGGAAUGAGACCGCGAGGGCGAGGAAGCGGUUAGCAGCGAGCCUAAGCCAGGAAGCCGACGAUGAGGAUCCAGAAAAGAGAAGACGGAAG